UGCCUUACGCUUAUCCACAAAUGGUAGCUUUAUCUCGCUUCGGUGGGAAAGCAAUGUUGAGUCUGGGAACGGUGAGGCCAGUAGUGGUCUCUCUGAAACCCCUUCUACCCUCUUUCUUCCCUCCGAAAUCCCUCCUUUUCUCAGCAAUCCCCAAAUGUGUCUCUCUCCUGUCUUCCUCUGCAUCGCGGGCCCAUUCUUUUGCCUCACAGGCUUCAAAUCUGCUCAAUAAUGCCAGUGUUGAGCCCUAUUAUCUCUCUUGCUGUAUGCCCGAUAGGCGUCUCAGAGUAGCUGUUCUUCUCAGCGGUGGCGUCGAUAGUAGCGUCGCUCUCCACCUCUUGCAUGCCGCUGGCCACCGGUGCACCGCCUUCUACCUCAAAAUCUGGUUCCAAGAAGAUUUUGAGAACUUCUGGUCAGAAUGCCCAUGGGAAGAAGAUUUGGAGUAUGCCAAAGCUGUUUGUGAUCAGGUUGAUGUACCAUUGGAAGUUGUGCAUUUGACUGAUGAAUAUUGGAAAUAUGUGGUCUCUUACAUUAUUGAGGAGUAUCGAUGUGGUCGUACUCCCAAUCCAGAUGUUCUUUGCAAUACAAGAAUUAAGUUCGGUGCAUUCAUGGAUGCCAUCAACAGUAUGGAGUUUGAUUUUGUUGCUUCUGGGCAUUAUGCCAAUGUCAUCCACCCAUCUGCAGAUCAAAUAAAUAAGCCUUCUGUCUUAGAACUCUCAAAGGACAUGGUCAAGGAUCAAACUUAUUUUCUUUCACAUCUGUCUCAGACCCAGCUAAAACGACUUAUUUUCCCACUUGGUGGUAUGCUGAAGGAUGAAGUUCGCAAACUUGCCACACAAUUUGAUUUACCUAACAAAGACAGAAAGGAUUCGCAGGGAAUAUGCUUUCUUGGGAAGAUCAAAUUUAGUGAAUUUGUUGCAAGACAUAUUGGGGAGAUGGAAGGUAUCAUAUUGGAAGCUGAGACAGGAGAUUUCCUUGGCUCACAUCGAGGGUUUUGGUUCUACACAAUUGGUCAACGGCAAGGUCUACGUCUUCCUGGAGGUCCUUGGUAUGUUGUUGAGAAGGAUGUUAAGAACAAUGUAGUGUUUGUGUCAAGAAAUUAUUUCUCAUUUGACAAAAGAAGGCGCUUAUUCCGUGUUGGCUCCUUGAGGUGGUUUAGUGGGUUGCCCCCUGAGAAGAUGCAUAAGCUCCAGUGUAAGGUGAGACAUGGCCCUGGGUUUUAUGAUUGCAGUGUGGAAAUACAACCGGGUGAAGUUGGCAGUGAAGAUGUUGCAGUUGUUCACUUGUUCGAAGAUGAUCAAGGUCUGGCAGCAGGGCAAUUUGCAGCCUUUUACCAGGGAAGAACCUGCAUAGGCUCUGGUGUGAUUUUGGAGUCUUGGGAUGAUCAAGGAUUUCCUGUAUGUGAAAAGGCUCUUGAAUUAGCAAGAAUGGAAGACAGAUCAAAGCUUGGGAAACCAGUUAAAAUAAAAGUUAAAUCAGAGAUUCACGAGGGUUCUGAUGGGAAGGAUGGUAUAGAACUAAAUAGACUAUCGGCUGAUUCCCAGGCUGCUGUUGUUAGUUGACAAAGCUGGAAAUAUCAAACAGAGAUACUUCCAGAUCCUAGUGAAUUGGGUACGAUGAGAUCAAAGAAAUGGUUCAGAUAUUAGUGUUUCAUGAAACCCCGGAGCACUAACAAAGACUUUGGAAAGAAUUGUCUGCAAGUGCGAGCUAGAUUUAGGUCUCUGUUCUUCCAAUGAAUCUCUUUUGGUGAGCUUGUUGCUUGCACAGCCUUCACGAGGUGGGGUCCCCUCAGGGUGAUCAGAAGCAUAUUACUGAUACUUCAUAAUUCAUAUUUUGUUACAAUAAUCAUUUGAAGAGUAUAAAUCUUUAUUUUGUGAUUUACCAAAAGAAGUGUACAAAUAUUAGACUUCAAGUUCAUGCUUUGUGAGAACUUACGUAUAUAAAUUCUAGAGACAGGGUUGUGCAUGUAA